AUGAAAAAAAAAAGAAAUGAUAUAAACACCUUUAGUUUGUGUAAAAAAAAAUAUAUAAUUACAGGUGUAACUCUAUUAUCCUUUAUUAUUAUGUUUCAAUAUAAAUAUCAUGAAGUAUUAUCAAUAUAUGACGAUAAAAUAAAUGUUAAACAAAGUAGUAAGUUGUUUUGGUCACGUUUAUUAUUCGGAAGAACGCGAAGUAGAAUUACCGGGAAAAUUUUGAAUAUUGAAAUUCCCUCUUCCUAUCGUUUGCUGGUUUAUAAUUCUUUAAUAAAAUAUAUGCAUAUAAAUAGAGAUGAAAUAAAAUAUCCUAUUGAAUCAUAUAGAUCUAUUGCCGAUUUUUUUUCGAGAUAUAUAAGAGAAGAAACAAGACCAAUUGAGGAUAUUAGUGAUUAUUCAAUUGCUAGUCCUUGUGAUAGUGAAAUUGUUGAUUUUGGAGAAUUAAAAACAGAUUAUCUUGAAAAUAUUAAGGGAUUAAAAUUUAAUAUAAAAAAGUUUUUAGGAUCUAAUUUUCAAAAAAAAUAUAAUGAUGAUUCUACUAAAUUUUAUUAUGUCAUUUUUUAUUUAAGUCCGAGGCAGUAUCAUCAUUUCCAUGCCCCAUUUAAUUUUAAAUAUAAAAUAAGAAGACAUAUAUCAGGAGAAUUGUUUCCUGUUUUUAAGGGAAUGUUCAAAUUUAUUAAUAAUUUAUUUGAUAUAAAUGAACGAGUUAUAUUAGCAGGAGAAUGGAAGGGAGGAAAUGUUUAUUAUGCAGCUGUUAGUGCAUAUAAUGUUGGAAAUAUUAAAAUUGUAAAUGAUAAUGAUUUGCUAACUAAUAAUUUAAGAACACAGUUAAGCUAUAUGGGUGGAGACAUUGACACAAAGAUAUAUGAUAACUAUAAAAAUUUGGAAAUUGGAGAUGAAUUAGGAGAAUUUAAAAUGGGAUCAUCUAUUGUUUUAAUAUUUGAAAAUAAAAGUGAUUUUUUAUGGAAUAUCAAACAUAAUCAAAAUAUUUCUGUUGGUCAAAGAAUAGGAGGAAUCAAUAAUACAGUAGAAUCAACAGAUAGAUUUAUUAGAUAUAGAAGUUAA